UAACCCACAGGAAGUGAUGGAGUGUUUGCUCUUCACGCCCCUCGGUGUUGGCGUUCUGCUCCUGCUGGAGUGCUGGUUAGAGUUGAGUGAGGAAGGAGUCGGUACCGGAUCUCUCUCUCUCUCUCUCUCUCUCUCUCUCUCUCUCUCUCUCUCUCUCUCUCUCUCUGAAGAUGAGCAGUUUACAGGCGCUGCACGAGCCGCUCGGGAGGAUCAUCUCUGAACCGGUCGAAGAUGUCGAUCCCAGCAGCUUUAUUACAGACACGUCUCGCUCUCUGAAGUCCAACUACCCGGUCCAAGUCACAGAUCCACACGAUAACGUGACCUUACAGCUCAGCUCAGUGCCUCCAGGAUACCUCACACCUCUGAUGGACAGAAUACAGCAGCCUGUUGAAAAUGAAGCGAGUGCAUUAAUCUGUCCUGGCUCCAUUACCGCAGAGUUCACCCCAGAUUUCCAGUGCUUGUCGAGCUCCUGUGAGAAGUGCCUCUGCUCCAUUCCACCUCCCAAAAUCAGCGACCUGCUGGACGACGAAGAUCUCCUCUACACGCUGCGGUUGAAGCUCGACCCCGCGCACUACACCGUCAAGAACUGGAAGAACUUUGCCAGCCGCUGGGGCAUGAGUUACGAUGAGCUGAUGAUGCUCGAGCAGCAGACACGUGGCUCCACCUACCACAGUCCCACUCAGGAGUUCCUGUUCCGCUUCAGCCAGAAACCAGUGACGGAGCUCACCAAACUCUGCCAGUUCUACCAGCGUAUCGACGUACUACGGCUUCUUCAGCGGUGGGUGGAGAACGACUGGCCCUCACGCUGGAAGAGAGUGCAUUAGCAGAAUACAAUAAAGGACAGAUAAUAAAAGACUGACAUGAAACGUGUGCUUUCUGGGACCGGAGUGGACACGCUGCUUUCUGGAGCGUCCAUAUUACACAACCUAAUUUUAUUUCUUUGUUUAAUCUUUGUAAAUGAACAUUAACAGCAAAUGACCCCCUGUUGCCAUGGUGAUGUUGAUCAGUAAAUCAGGGAAUAGAAGGCAUGUUGUAAAUAAUGAGUAAAAAUAUCAAUUCAUAAAGAACUUCCUCUUAUAACCAUGCAUGCCAUAGAUAUUUACAGACUGCCAGUUAUUACUGAACACCGACCAUGAGAGAUCCCUACAGAUUACAGAGUGCAUUCUGGGUAAUGCAAUGAAGGAGCAGUAUUUGGUAUAAAUACAAUAAAAGUACGACAUGAAAUGAUUCUUCUGAGGUUCUUAGAAAUAAGGGUUUCUCUCAGGUUCUUCUCAGGAUAGUCAGACUCAGAUAAGGAAACACUUCCAGGAAUCAAGGUUCUGCACAGAACAUCAAAGGAUCCUAGAGAAGAACUAGAUUUAUGGAAUUAUGCCUAAACUUUACAGGGACAAAUUGAAAGAUCUCUCAAAGUUCUACGCAGAACACUACAUGCGAUAUUUUAUAGGUCAGUUCCUCUGUGGUUCUUUUUGAUACUGAAGGGUUCAGAAGCCUCUUCAUAGAACCUCAGAAAGGACUGCAUGGUUCUUCACACUUCAUUUGUCAUGGUGUAAUUUUGUGUUGAGAAAACCUGCUGUGUUCUGUACAGAAGUGUUCGACACAUUAAAUAACACACGGAUCGGUUGUGUGAAUCACGGUAUGUCUUCAGCUUCAUGCCAGCAUUAGAUGAACAAAGUCAGCUAACAUUUAUAGCUACGUUCACUCACCAGAGGCUCCACAGAAUUCUGUAACUGCUUUACUUUUCUUCCCAAAGUCUCUGUACAUGUUUAAUGAGAGCUUGUGUACAACAGGAGAAGAUGAAACCACACUUAUUCUUCAAUGGGAUGUGGACAGAAUAGCUGAGGGAUCGGUCCAGACCAUCCUUUGGGUUUGUUACUUUACUGCUUCACACUUGGUUUUCAUGGAAUUCCAUAAAUGUCUAUUCAGAUAUCAUGUGUAAUGGUCAGGGUUAGGGUCAGGGUUAGGUUAGGGUCAGGGUUAGGGUUAGGGUUAGGUUAGGUUUAGAGUCAGGGUUAGG